AUGAAGUCUACGAUCCAUGAUACGUUCACGACGAACGAUAAGUUGGAUGAUCCGGAACAGCUAGGACAUACGCAGUCGUAUAAUUCCCCAACACCUUGUUCAGAAUCUGACCCUCCGGAUGGCGGGUUUCGAGCAUGGGCGACUGCCUUUGGGUGUUUCCUGAUACAAUUUUGUGGUUUCGGAUACGUAGCGUCUUUCGGAGCUUAUCAAGAUUUUUACACACGAAUCUAUCUGACCAACGAACCACCAUCUGCAAUAUCAUGGAUUGGUGCAUUGACCACGUUCUUUGCAAUCAAUGUCACUUUGAUCUCAGGUCCGCUGUACGACAGAGGGUGGUUCUACCAACUGAUGAUUGUUGGGUCGUUGCUUCAAUCACUGUCCUUGUUCAUGUUAUCCCUCGCCAAGCCUGGUCAGUUCUAUUUGAUUUUUAUGGUACAAGGUGUCCUUGCUGGGAUUGGAAUAGGCCUGAAGUAUGGCAUCAGUAUCGCGGUCAUCUCUCAGCACUUCUCAAAAAGACGCACAUUGGUAAUGUCUCUCGUCACAUCCGGCUCACCACUUGGUGCCAUGAUUCAUCCGAUCAUGCUCAAUCACCUUUUGAAUGGCACUGUUGGUUUUGCAAACGGCGUCCGUGCCAGUGCGGGUUUUGUUAGUGUCCUGUUAUUGAUCGCCUGCCUAUCCAUGCGUACAAGAGAGCUGCCAGCUCCCACUGUCAGCUACAGUGCAGUGGCACGAAAAUGCUCUCGUGAGGUUCUCUUCAUCCUCAUGACCGUUGGGUCAACGGUAUUCCAGAUCGGGUUUUACUUCCCUUUAUUUUACAUUCAACUGGAUUCUGUUAAACAUGGGAUUGAUGUCAAUUUCUCGUUCUACUCCCUUGUGAUCAUGAAUGCUGCUUGUGUCAUUGGACGCUGCACGGCAGGAAUAAUUUCAGCGCAUACGGGGGUAUUAAAUUUUACGAUCGCAUCCACUGUCGCAUGCAGUGCCGCCAUCAUAUCCAUGAUAGCCCUGAGUAACAUAGCUAGUGUGGUUGUGUUGGGACUUGUAUAUGGCUACUUUUCUGGAGUUUUCAUCGCGCUCUUGGUCCCAUUGCUAACUGUAUUGACACCUGACAUGUCCGAGCUAGGGGCGCGAAUGGGCAUAUGCUUUACUAUAACUGCCUUCGGUGGAUUACUCAGUGGCCCAAUAUCAGGCGUUUUGCUUUCAUCUCAAUAUAGGUGGUGGAUACCAUCGCUUUUCUGCGGGCUCAUCUGUCUUGCCGGAAGUUCGAUAUAUGUGGUGAUGCGCUUGAUCAUAUAUCGACGAGGAAUAAACGGAAGUCAUACAUAGCUGAGCGCGAGGUUAACCACUUGUUCCGGGUGGUUUCGUUGAGGUCGGCAUAUACUGAAUUAGAUGCAAAUAUGUGUAUGAUGUACACUUGAAGUAUUGGCGGCUGAUCACGCCUAGGUCAACGCU